UGCGACCGUUACAGCUGUAAAAGUGAUGCUCGUAGCCAAGAAUGGACUUAAGAACCUGUCUAAUGGGUAAAGCUUGCUGGGUCUUAUUGCUUCGCCGCGUUGGCCCUUUCAUUGUUUUCUGCACUGUGCUGUUGGUGAUGUGGCAGUCGUCAUCUCUUCUCGCUGACUUCGAUUCAGCCCGCUUUGUCAAGUCGUCAAGGUCCGAUACAGUAGCGAACAAAAGGAAAAGCAAACCACACAUCGUAUUCAUCUUGGCAGACGAUUAUGGAUGGAAUGACAUUGGAUACCAUGGCUCAUUUAUAAAAACACCUAAUCUUGACAGGCUGGCAUCAGAGGGAGUGAAGUUAGAGAACUACUAUGUCCAGCCUAUAUGUAGCCCAUCAAGGGAGCAGCUUAUGACGGGUAGAUAUCAGAUUCACUACGGACUGCAGCAUAGCGUGAUUACACAUGACCGCCCUCAUGGUCUCCCAUUGGAUGAAGUGACUCUGCCUCAAAAGCUCAAAGAAAUUGGGUACUCCACACACCUGGUCGGCAAAUGGCAUCUUGGCUUCUUUAGACAAGAAUAUUUACCAUUGAGACGAGGCUUUGAUACUUUUUACGGUUUCCUAACAGGUGGUGAAGACUACUGGUCCCAUAGAAGGCCGAACGUUUAUUCAACGGAUGCUUCAGAGUACCAUGGGUUGGACCUAAGAGACCAAGAUGAACCAGUUCUGGAUCAGAAUGGAACAUAUUCAACUCACUUAUUCCAAAGGAAGGCAAUCGACAUUAUUGCUCACCAUGACCGAAAUAAGCCGAUGUUUCUAUACCUAUCAUUUCAAGCGGUACAUGCACCUCUUCAAGCACCAGAGGGAUAUAUUGAAAAAUACAAGUCCGUACAAAACAUUCUAAUUCGAAAAUACGCCGCCAUGGUAACGGCGAUGGACGAGGCGGUCGGAAACGUCACAGACGCCUUAAAAGGUAGCGGACUAUGGGACAACACCGUGCUGAUAUUUUCUACUGAUAAUGGUGCAAGAAGAAGUGCCGGCAGUAAUUGGCCAUUACGAGGCUGGAAGAAUACUUUGUGGGAGGGAGGAAUCCGCGGUGUCUGUUUCGUCACCAGCAAUCUUCUGGAGAGGAAAGGAACAAAGAGUGACGCUCUUAUUCACAUCUCUGAUUGGUUCCCAACACUUAUUCACCUUGCACAAGGAUCUACUCACGACUCAAAGCCUUUAGAUGGGUUUGAUGUUUGGAACUCAAUAAGCACGGGGGCAAAAUCCACGAGAGAGGAGAUCCUUCUUAAUAUUGACCCUCUGAAGUGCAAGAUUGGAUUUACCUGCGCUUCCGGCGGUGGCAACUUUAACACGUUGACGUAUGCCGCCAUUCGAUCAAGAGACUGGAAGUUAUUGACAGGGUUUCAAGACCAGGGUGGCUGGAAGCACAGAAAAACAUCGGGAAAUCACUUUGAAAAACCAACGGACUCCCCGAACAAACACCUUUGGCUUUUCAAUAUCCGAAACGACCCGCAAGAGAGAACAGAUCUGUCAGAAAAGUACCCGGAUGUCGUACAAGACCUUCUGAUGAAGUUGAAGACUUACAAUAGGACAGCCGUUCCUCCAUUCUGGCCUCCACGUGACCCGAGGGCAAAUCCUGUUUUACAUGGAGAUGUUUUUGGACCUUGGCUAUAAGAGACAUCAAAACUAGCUAUUGCCUUAUUCAUCCAGAAAUAAUCUUGUGAUUUUAAUAUAGGACUAUUCUGUAUAGAGGAUGUUUUGCUUCAAGAUUAAGUUGAUCUUAAAGACCGAUGUUGUACUAUAAAAUCACCUAAUAAUUUCGGCUUACGUAAACUAUCGGGGCCAGUUUGCAACAGGCUCUCAUACAAUAUUCAAACUACAUGUGGAUAUCAGGAAAUGUAAACCGAGCAGGCGUAACUGUGACAUUGUACCUUGCGGGAGUUGCACCUCAUCACAAUUACAAGCAGCUGUAUUUCACUUUUUGGCUAUGCCUUGUCUAAUAGAAUAGUAUUCGUCCGUUUGUCAAGUAUUUCCAGAAUUAUACAGGUAAGUCUGAUUCCCUGGAAAAUUUGUUUGGAAGUAGCUUUCAUGUGAUUUGUUCAUUCGCUGCUACGUGUCUAAGAGAUACAUGUACCGUUUCUGCCAGUUUGCAUCCUUCAGCGCAGGAAACACUGUCAUAUUCUAUAUCUGUUUAUGGCAAAUAACAGUGAUGUGUUGACUUUACAGAUUUUAAUACCACUUAUGUUUCUAAUAAGAAUGUACUGAGAAUGUGAAUGGUUUAUAGAAACUAGGCACACAAAAAAAGUUGCGUGAUGCUUUUUCCAAUGAUAUCAAACUCAUUAUCGUUGUUCACUUACGGAAUACGCACUAGGCCUGCUUACGUGAGUGGGUUACCAAAACAAAAAGCCAAAAUUUUGCCCCUUUAACCAUGUUAUGGCCGGUGGUGACAAUGGUUCAAUCAAUCAUUAGGUUAGGUUUCACGUUAGGUUUGGUAUACAGAACA